CUGAACGCUCUGCGGAGCGAGAAGAGUGCUCUGGAGGAGCGGUUGGCGGCGCAGAGUGCACAGGUCGAGGAGCUUCAGGCGCAGCAGAGUGCUGCAGUGGCCGCGCUGGAGGAGGAGAAGCGCGAGUUGGCCAGCGAGGUGUCGACGCUGAAGAGCGGUCAGUCGGAGGCGAUGGCGCAGUGCAGCCAGAAGGACGAGCGCGUGGCGGAGCUGGAGAGCGAGCUGUCUGCAUUGGCGGAGCAGCUGCAAGCCGCGACGGCGAAGCUGGAGGCGUCGAACGCCGAGGUCGGCGACGAGCUGAACGCUCUGCGGAGCGAGAAGAGUGCUCUGGAGGAGCGGUUGGCGGCGCAGAGUGCACAGGUCGAGGAGCUUCAGGCGCAGCAGAGUGCUGCAGUGGCCGCGCUGGAGGAGGAGAAGCGCGAGUUGGCCAGCGAGGUGUCGACGCUGAAGAGCGGUCAGUCGGAGGCGAUGGCGCAGUGCAGCCAGAAGGACGAGCGCGUGGCGGAGCUGGAGAGCGAGCUGUCUGCAUUGGCGGAGCAGCUGCAAGCCGCGACGGCGAAGCUGGAGACGUCGAACGCCGAGGCCGGCGACGAGCUGAACGCUCUGCGGAGCGAGAAGAGUGCUCUGGAGGAGCGGUUGGCGGCGCAGAGUGCACAGGUCGAGGAGCUUCAGGCGCAGCAGAGUGCUGCGGUGGCCGCGCUGGAGGAGGAGAAGCGCGAGUUGGCCAGCGAGGUGUCGACGCUGAAGAGCUGUCAGUCGGAGGCGAUGGCGCAGUGCAGCCAGAAGGACGAG